CUGCUUUAAUACAUUAAUAUUAAAUUCCGUGUAUAAAUCGAUUUAAUCUAAGAUGUACUACAAAUCGAAUAAAUAAUUAUUUAGCCAAAAUGUUUCCCAAAAGAUCGUAAAUUCAUUCCUAGUUGCUAUUGACAACGUCAUGAUUUACCGAAGGGGAAGAACUCUGUCAAAAUCAAGAACUUUAAUUUUAUAUUUAUAAUGAACUGACUGUGUAAACGAGUGUUUACGUGUUUGGCGUUUUAUUCUUUUUGGUAAAUUAUAAUUGGUGACUUCCACAGCUUCUUUCGAAUUAUGGAGCUUCCAAAAGAAAUCACUGCUGAAAAAGUACAUUUUUCUAAAGACAGUAAAAUUUUAAAUGACAUUGCACAAGAGACAAGUUGUGAUUCGGAAUUGAAAACCUUAACGGAAGAUGAAUUACUAGAAAGAAUAGAAACUGUUUUAAAUGAAAAAAUAAUAAAUGGUGAAAAAACAGCCUUUUUCCAGUUAGGAUUAUUCUAUAUAGAACAGGAACUGUAUGAAAAAGCUUAUUCUUGUUUUGAAAAGUCUAAAGAUUUUGACAGUCAGUCUAUGUAUCAGUAUGGUGUCAUGUUAUAUGAUGGUAUUGGCUGUGAACAGAAUACGGUGAAAGGUGUAGAAUGUUUAUUACAAGUAGCACAGAACCCGUCUAACUAUACUAAACAUUUAAUGUCUGCUUUACAGUAUAAUAUUGGUAGAGCAUAUUUUCAAGGGUUUGGUGUCAAUCGACAAUCAGAUAUAGAAGCAGAAAGGUGGUGGCUAUUAGCAGCUGAUGAUGGUAAUCCUAAAGCUAGUGUUAAAGCACAGAGUUCAUUAGGCAUGUUUUAUUCUAGGGAAGAAUGUUUAGAUUUAAAAAAAGCUUUCUUCUGGCAUUCAGAGGCUUGUGGUAAUGGCAGUUUAGAAUCACAAGGAGCUUUAGGUGUAAUGUAUGAAUAUGGUAUAGGUGUUAAACAUAACAGUGAUUCAGCUUAUAUUUGUUUAAAAGAAGCUUCUGAUCGAGGAAAUGUAUAUGCUAUGGGAAAUCUUGUAGCACAUUAUUAUAGAAGAAAACUUUUCACUAAAGCAUCUGCUUUAGCCUUACGAGUAGCACAGUUAAAAUCUCAGGAUAUAAAACUUCUUGCCACAGAAACAGAAUGUUUACCUGCAUUUAUCUCUAAAGGCAUAUCUACAGCCUGUUUCUAUUUAGCCAGGUCCUUUUCAUCUGGCCUUGGGAUCCAACAAAGUGAAGAAGAAGCCAAAGUGUAUUAUUCCAGGUCCUUCCAGUUUGAUCCAGAUGUAUGUGCACGAUUACAAAAUAUAACAACUCAUGGUGUCAUCUGAAGUUUUCCAUCUGAUGAAAAUUAGUUAUAGUUAGUAUUCCAGGUCCAAAGUAAUAAUGUGAUAAUUGUUUGUGCUGAUCUUCACAUUGUGAUAUUUUGUUAUAAAAAUUUAUGCCAAAUUUUAUUGCCAUUACAAUAGCAUUUGAAAAGUCUUCUCAAAGUGUCAUUAAGAUAAAAGAUAUUUGUGUCCUUAAUUUUGUUUGUUUUUUUUUAUAAAAAUUCCCAAUAAGUUAUAUUAAAGGGUGUAUGGCUCUAUUCUUUAUAACCUUAUAUAGAUGAAAAUGGGACUAAAAGCACAUUAAUGUAAUAUGAAUAUAUAUAAAAUGAUUUAUAUUCAAUUUGUUACAUUGUUAUUGUAAUUUCUAAUCAAUUAUUUUUAGUGAAGUUACAGUCCAAAUUGAACGGCAGUCGUUUAUGCCUACUUAGUCCAUUCUAUAUUCUUUUGUCAUUUUGUGAUUCCACCAAUACUAAUUACUUCUGCAUUGUCUUGUGGAAUGUGUUUCGUUGCUUACUAAUGACACACAAAACCAUAGAAUACACGACUUUUGUACUGGUUAUAAAAUGUUCAAUGUGUCUUAAAUAUUGGAUAUUUGGAUCUCAUAUUUUCAGGCAAGAUAUAUUGAUUUAAAUGGACCAAUACUGAAUUCUAUUUCAUGUUUUUAAUUUUAAAUAUUGAUUUAGAGAUUUAGCUCCUUUAAGUUGAUAAAAAAAAAUACAUUUGGGCUAAUAAAAGAGAUAGUUACAUCAUUUUAUAAAGUAUUCGACAUUCUUCAAGAAUUAAUAAGUUUAAAUUAUUGAAUUUUUUAGCUGUUGUUUUAAGUUAGUUUUGUUACUUUUUAUACUGUUUUAAACCAUCCAUACAUACCCAUAUAUAUAUAUUCAUCUUCAUUCUUGUAUUUAACCACUGCAUUAUAUUUUUGUUAUGAAUGUUAAAUCUCUACUAUUAUUAUUAAACUGUGAUAUAUUGUAUAUUUCUUGUAUAUAUAUAUAUACAUAUAAUAUCCAUAUAUUAAUUUAUUUAUGAAGUAUUUAUUAUUCAUAUUGUCUUGUCCAAAGAUAAAGGGUUAUGUCAGAUAGCUUACUAUUUCCUUUAAUGGAAUUUUUGUAGACUGAAGUUGUUUAUAAUGUAGACCUAUAAUGCACAGAAUGCCAAAUUUUCACAUACCAAUGUAAAUGUUUGUGUGUCGUUCAAAAUAUGUUUAUAUCUCUUGUAUAAAUUAAACGUAUUGU